AUGGCCGGCCGCGCUCCGCUCCUGUCCUGCUUGGCCCUGUUCUCCAUGGCCCUUCUGGCUCCCACCUUUACGCCGUCCCUGCUGGGCUUUCCCAAGGCCAAGGGCGCGCAGCAGCGGACGCGUUCACCGACGCAGCUUCAAGCGGAUGCUUCGGGCCUGAAUCCGUUCGGUCCCGUGGUGAGCUAUGCCAAGGCCCUCAGCGACGCAGCUGAGUCGAAGGGCGAAGAUGUCGCCGCGACGCAGGAGACAACGGACAUGUUGAAGAUCAAGGAACUCUACCAGUCGGAGGACUUUCAGGAUUCUCUCUUCCUGGUGACGAACGACUACAACCUCACGGCCGUGGAACAGGCCGAGUCCCUCAUCAAGCUGGUGCAGCCCUUGCAGUCCAGUGUGGUGCCAAAGUUCAUCGUCUUCUUGGCCAAGAAGAAUCGCCUGAGAGGCCUGAAAGCCAUCUGCCUCGAGUACGUCCAGAGCCUCUACCACAGGCAGUCGAUCACUCCGGUCACCGUGCGGGUGGCUCAGCGACUGACGGCGGAGCAGCUGGAGAAGCUGAAAGAGAAGAUGAGGGAAAAAGCCGACACCGACGACGUGAAGAUCCACAUGGAGGUGGAUGCCAACCUCAUUGGUGGGCUCCAGGUUGAAUGGGGCUACAACGACCCAGAGGCUUUGUAUGCUCCCUCGCAUGGUAUCGACCCUUGUCUCAAGAGGAUCCUCAAUCAGCAGGUGGGCAGUCCUUCCCCGGCGUCCUGGCCGCGUGCAAGGCAGCGGCUGAAGCGGGACAGAGGAGGUUUGGUCGCGGACCCAGCCGCCUGCCAUGCGCUCAACAGAUUCACCAUGGAAAGCGAGACUUGCUUGUUCCUUUCGGAAUGGGAAGCUGUGCGAUGCAAGGCCCACGCAGUGCGGCGGAAAUGGGCGGAAGAUGAACUCUGCCGUCAGCAGCUGCAGAUUCAAUGCGGGAGCACUUCCUUACAGUCUUGGCUUUCGGUCAUGGAGACCCAGAAGAAGGUUCUUGAAGGAGCCGCAGCUGCAACUGCUCAGGCUUUGACUGAGGUGGAGAGUCAUUGGAGGCCUGUGCGAUUGGAGGCCACGGACGGUGGGCCUGCUUCUUGGCUCCUAAGUGCCGAGCAGGCGAAGGUGGCGAGCUUCAAAGCUCGAGCCGCCCAGUGGGCGGCUCCGGCGGGAGGCUCCGACUUGAGGAAGCGUCAGCAGGCGCUCUCGGAGCAUGUGCAGGGUCAGGUGGUCAGCGCUGUCCGAGGCUGGGAUCAGGCGCAUGCCGCGGCAGAAGCUGCGUGGCUCAGCCAUCACCAGCGCGUGGAAGAGACCACCCGGGCGAUCGCGCAGGACAAGGCCCCCCCCGAUUCCUGGCUCAGUGAAGUGCGCUACCGUGAGCAAGCACGGAAGCAUCUGUCCGAGCAAGCGGCCACCGAAGAGCUACUCUUGGGCGCUGCUGCGAAGCUGCAUGACCUGGAAGCCGAGCGCGCCCUCUACUGGCAAGCAUUUGUGGAGGCCUAUAGGGCGUGCUCAGCCGCCGAUGUACCUUCCCCCGGAGAAGAGCACAUGAUGCCUUCACCAGCCAAGCCACCGGAAGUGCAGCUGCCCGAAGUACCCGACAUUCCCAGUGCUGGAGGGGCUGUGCUGCAGCGCGUGCCCGCUGCAAUGGUGGCUCCCGGUGGCCUCUUCGGCCUGGGAGGUGGUGGCUGGCGCGAAGGCGCCACGCUGGUGCUAACGAUCCAUGGCUAUCUGCAUCUCUUCUACACGGACCCCAAGGUGGCGACAGGGAAGCCCGAGGAUGCUGGUCCAGAGUUGGUGGAAUCUGACAUCCAAGCCUCGGUGUACGCGCCCAUGGCAACAAAGUGUGUCUUUCAGCGGCGCGGUAAGGAACUGAUCUUGGAGCUGGCUGAGCCAGAAGCGACGCCGCCGGAGGGUUCGCCGAGCAGUGAGAAGCCUUCGGCGGCUGCGAGCUUAAGAAAAUGGUGGUCUGGCAAGGCUCAAGAGCCGGUACCUCGGCGCAUCAUGGCUCGCCUCUCUUGCCCGGACGAGUUCAAAGAACUGGAGGGACGCUGCCACGAGUUCGUACGCAAGGGGCACGCGCUGCGUGCUGCGACCCCACCGCGGGUGGCAGGUGCAUCUCCCACGGCAGGAUACGCAGAAGCUGCAGGUUCUUCGUAA